CAAAAAUUACCCUAAAAUUAUUCUAUUCAGGCACUUUAUUAUGAGUUUUGAGGGUAAAACCCUCUGAAUAUAUUUGUAGGUUCUUUUCUUAUGAUCUUUAGGUCUCGGCCACUUGCUUACUUAACAUUGAGCUUUGGCAAGCAUGUCUCCUUUCAGCCCAUCUUGCUCAUAAACGCUUGUACAAAAGCACAGUUCCUCUACCAUUCAAAUUGAAACUCUUAAAUCCAAUGGGAGCAGAGGAAUAGUGACAUAGCUACUUCAGAGUAUCAGUCAGCGAGCUGUCCUAAGGAAUUAGACAAGAACUAGCAAGAUUUUAUUGGGAAUGUGCAGAUUGAGGCUGAAUGACAGCAAGAGGCGAAGAAAGGAGGGCUAUUGAAAACUAGAUCUAGAGUUGUGUUUUAAGGGAUGAAGUAGAUUGGAGCCAGUGAAAAUUUUAAGCAUUGACGAUUAGGUGGAUGUGAGUUAAUGCGGUUUUGAGAAUUCGUUAAUUUAAAUAAUUCCAUUGCUUCUUCUCUAACAGUUUUGCUUCAUUGCCUUCGUAAGAUUGUUGCCAAACUUUGGGGUUGCGAUUGUUAUUUAUUAAAUAUUUUCUUCUGUUUAAUUUCAUAUUGUAAAAGUUUCUUUUAUGUUUUUACUUCAAUAAUAUGUUUACUUAAUUUAUUUUAGGAUUUUACUUUGUCUUAAACUCUAUUUCUCUAGCUUUCUUUUAUCUUGUUAUUAUUUGUCUGACUUUAUUCUUAUUUUUAACUGCUCCGUUUUAUGAUUACUCUCCUUCUUUGUCUUUUCUUUUAAUUAUUUAGCAUUUAAUUUUUUGCUUAGAUUUAUUUUUUCUGAUAUUAUAAUGUAUUAUUUCUGGCUCUAACCUCCUUUUGUUAUUCUCUUUGUUAUAUCGUUACCAUAAGGUAUGAUUAGUUUGCUUUGUUUGUGCUUUGUUUUUCGAUCUUCAAAUAUCUAAUUAUCUGGAUGUAUUUGGUUCUGAGCAUCUUGUUUGUUUAAACUAAUCUUACUUAGCUAUUAAAAUUAUGCAUUUUGUUUCCCUUUGUUAAUAAAGUUUGGUUUGCUUACUCUUGUUUUAUAUUAUUCUCCUCUUCCGCAUUCCUUUAUUUAAUAGUUCUUAUUUUGACAUUCUUGUAAGUUUCACUUAAAUUGUCUAUUAUUAAUUGCUUGUUAAGUCUUACUAUCAUCUUCUAAGUUAGGUUCAAUGUUCUCGUAUUAUAUGUUCUUAUUCUAGAUGCCCAAUAAGUUUCAUCUCUUCGGUUUCUAAUCCUUUCGUUGGUAUGCCAGAACUAAUUUAUUUGUUACAAAUUUUACUUCUAAUGACUUUUCUUGCAAUAAAACUGGUUUGUAUCUUUUCAUGGGUUUUGAUAGACAACAUUUUAGGUGUUCUGGAUGAAGUGUUUACUUGUAUUUUGUUUCAGCAAAUGAUUGGUGAAAAAUGACUUUCUUAAUUUCUUAAUCAUGGAGAGAGAAGAAUCCUUUGUAAGAUAGUAUGUUAAAAUUCUUCUUUUAAUAUAAUUUGUUAUAAGAGUUAUUAAUUUUAUUCAAACCUUUCUUUGAAUCUUCUGAAUUAUUCUUAAUUUUUUAAAAUAUAAUCCUGGCUUAUCAGUGAAACGGAUAACUUUGAAGUUUUAUUUCUCCGAGAAUUUUAUUUUGGGAAGAUCAAUCUCCUCAUUUUUGUUAGUGUCAGACUAUUUUAUAACAUUAUUAAGCAAGAUGUUUGACAAGAAGAACAAUAAGGGUUUGAUCAUUAAUAUAAUGCUGAAAGCCUUUUUACAUAUGGUA